AUGAAGGGUGCCCCCGGAUUCCGCCUGUUUCCGAACUGCCUACAAUCUCAAAACACCCAAAACUGCUCGCUUCUCUUCUCGCUUCUCAUAUCCAGUACCUCUUGGGAGACAUCAACCAUGGGCGCCUCUUCUGAACAUGCUCCACCAGUAUCAUCCCCUCUCUCUGGCUGCCUUACUUCACCUGCGAUGUUCUUCGGCUCUACCAGUUCCACGCCGAAUUGCUGCUACUGGAUCUCUCUACAAGAGGCCCGCGAAACUCCCGACCUCACUUCAAGUGUAAAGCAUUCAUACCGUUUUACGGCAAAGGGGAUGGAGUUGAUUGCGGAGGAGGGCAAGAUACUUCUGGGUCAACGGAUUCACCCUAAUGACGUGAGAUUGUGCCACUGGUCUCCUAGCUCAUUUCAGCCAAAGACUUGA